UCAACAUGAGUAGUUGAAGCAUGAAUUUGCUGACUGAGUACCAGUCCCACUGCAGUCCGCAGCCAUGGUGGAAUGUCUCCGGUCUCCACACUAAUUUCGUUUCCUUCCUUCAACUUUUUUUCCAUUUUCUUUUUAGCUGUAAAUAUAAUUAUCUAUCUAUGCAAUUAGGUGCAGUUUAGGUUUAGCUUUGUAGGGUUUUGUCAUUUCUUUCAUCCAUGGCUUCCACCACUGCUACUGCCUUAAUCUCAAGCUCUCACAUUCCUAUACGAACCCGCCGCCGAUUACUUUUCUCCGUUCCCAACAAUCUUCGCUUUCGUUUCCAUUGUUUACCUAACCGAGCUCAGCGAUUCUGUUUUCAUUGCCCUGAAUCGUUAACCCUAGGUAUCGUUAAUGGUGGAGCUAGUGGAAGGAGGGGAACUCUUGCAAAUUAUACUAUGUUCAACGGUGAAGAUGGCGCUGAAUUGGAACAGAGCUAUAAUUCCGUAGAAGACGAGCAGUUCGUGAAGUGGUUUCGAGAGGCUUGGCCUUAUCUUUGGGCUCAUAGGGGAAGCACCUUUGUUGUGAUUAUUUCCGGCGAAAUCGUGGCUAGCCCCCAUUUGGAUCCCAUCCUUAAGGAUAUUGCUUUUCUUCACCAUUUGGGGAUCAGGUUUGUUCUUGUUCCGGGUACCCACGUGCAAAUUGACAAGCUUUUGGCUGAGAGAGGAAAUGAACCCAAGUAUGUUGGUCGUUAUAGAAUUACAGACCCCGAGUCUCUAGCAGCUGCAAUGGAAGCAGCUGGCGGGAUUCGUGUGAUGUUAGAGGCAAAGCUUUCUCCCGGGCCCUCCAUAUGCAAUAUUCGACGACAUGGUGAUAGUAGUCGUUUGCAUGACGUAGGUGUCAGUGUUGCCAGUGGCAACUUUCUUGCAGCCAAGAAAAGAGGAGUUGUUGAAGGUGUUGAUUAUGGGGCAACUGGUGAAAUUAAGAAAGUUGAUGUGGCUCGCAUGCGCGAGAGACUGGAUGGUGGUUGUAUUGUUAUAUUGAAUAACCUGGGCUAUUCCAGCUCUGGAGAAGUUUUAAACUGCAACACGUAUGAGGUUGCAACAGCUGCUUCAUUAGCUAUUGAAGCUGACAAGCUUAUUUGUAUCAUUGAUGGUCCAAUUUUGGAUGAAAGUGGACGACUUUUUCGCUUCCUGACUCUUGAAGAAGCAGAUAAAUUGAUCCGUCAACGGGCUAAGCAGAGCGAGAUUGCAGCUAGCUAUGUAAAGGCUGUCGAUGAAGAAGAUAUAUCUUGCCUUGGACGUGAUGAAGAAGAUAUUGCUUCUCCACAGAAUGGGAAUGCUCUUAGAGGAAGACAUAGUGCAAUGUUUCACAACGGUGUUGGUUUUGACAAUGGAAAUGGACUGUGGUCUGGUGAACAGGGCUUUGCUAUUGGAGGUCAAGAGCGACUAAGUCGAUCAAAUGGUUACCUUUCAGAAUUGGCUGCUGCGGCCUUUGUUUGUAGGGGAGGUGUUCAAAGAGUGCAUUUGUUAGAUGGCACUAAAGGCGGAGUAUUGUUGUUGGAAUUAUUCACAAGAGAUGGAAUGGGGACGAUGGUCGCUAGUGACCUUUAUGAAGGAACCCGGAUGGCUAGGGUAACAGAUCUCUCUGGAAUAAGAGAAAUCAUAGAACCUUUGGAAGCAUCUGGUACAUUGGUUCGCAGGACUGAUGAAGAGCUUCUUGCGACAUUGGAUUCAUUUGUUGUUGUGGAAAGAGAAGGCCAGAUUAUUGCUUGUGCUGCUCUUUUUCCUUUCUUGGAGGAGAAAUGUGGAGAGGUUGCUGCUAUUGCUGUUUCCCCUAAAUGCCGUGGAGAAGGGCAAGGAGAUAAAUUACUUGAUUACAUUGAAAAGAAGGCGUCUUCUAUCGGAUUGGAGAAUCUUUUCCUGCUUACCACCAGGACUGCAGAUUGGUUUGUUAGGCGAGGGUUCUCGGAAUGUUCAAUUGAAUCAAUACCAGAGAAACGAAGGCAGAGGAUCAAUCUUUCCCGCAGGUCAAAGUACUACAUGAAGAAGCUCUUACCUGAUACCAGUGGAAUCACAAUAAACAGCAUUCGUUAAGAGAUAAACAGUAUCAGAAAGUGUAUUUUAAGUCCCCUUUGGAGAAGGGCUGAAUACAUGUCUAGAACUUGAAGAUACAACUCUUUUGCAAUUGCAAGUUGGGAAAUCCAUCUACUGCUCCUACUUAUUGAGCAGGUUUAUUCGUAUCUCAGUUCGUAUGUUGUUUGUAGGUACUGACGGGUUGAAAAAAUUAGAACGCUAAUCUGUAUUCCUUGUUUUCAUUUACUUGUUAUACAAUAAAAUAGCUUAUUAUCUUAAAUUAAUUACAUAUUCUUGAUC